AUGGCUCCCCGGUUCAUACCCAAGAAGGGCACUGCGCCCAAUGUCCCUCGCGAUGCUAAACAGACCCACGACACUCUAAAGAGCGGUGGGGUCGUCAUCAUUCCAACAGAUGUCGGCUACGCGCUCUUGACGAGUACGCAGGCUGGAGUCCAGCGUAUAUUCUCAGCCAAGGAUCGUCGAGAGGGUCACAACAUCGGCAUAAUCGGGACAUACAAGCAACAUCGAGAAAUCCACUUGCUUUCGGAGGCCAAGUUUGAAAUGACACGGGUUUUGACAGAAGAUAUGGCGAUGAUUGUCGGGAUUAUUGCUAAAUACGAUACCGAAAACCUUCACCCGCGUUUGGCAGCUCUCGAACCGGCGACUCUAUCACAAGUCACAAAGGGUGAUACGGUCAGCAUAGCAGUUCCUGAAGGUCCAUUUCUGCGAGAGCUCGGUCGCCUUUGUGAUGAUGACCCGACGGGUAUGUUGACCUUCGGGACUUCUGCCAAUUUAUCAGGCCAAGGACAGAGAUUUCGGGUUGAGGAUAUUGAGCCCAAGGUGAUCAAUGCGGUAGACUUGGUGGUGGAUUAUGGUCUACAGAAAUGGCAAGUGUACAAGCGCGGUGGCAUGAACUUCGAUGCGGAGAAUAUGAAGGUGCUGCGGAAAGGAGCCGGAUAUGAAGUCUUUCGUGACCGGAUGUUGAGAUGGUUCCCUCGUUUGUUGGAGGAAGCCGGUGUGACUAUGGAGGAGGAUCCAGAGUAUCAAGCCAGAGACCCGGAGGCUUGAGGAUAUCAGCUUUUCUCGGAUUGACC